CUACAAUAUUCGGGGAAUUUAUAUAAUUGUCUCUCUUGUCAAAAAGUCUAAACCCGUUGUUCAACUGCAGCCUCCAUCACGAUGUCGACAUUACUUGUAUCUUUCUCCAACUUGUUUUCGUCUGCAAUUAUCCUAUCGGGAUUCUCAUAUUUAAUUCUGAUGCAUGUCUUGGGUUUACGAGGAUUCUUCGCAAUUUCUCCACUUUCUAUGAUCCCGACGAAAUCUUAAGACCCCUUCUCUCAAUGUUCCUCAUCGAUGUUCUUUGGAAACUGCUUCCACUAUUCUUCUUCGGAUCAGAUAGAGAUUCUCUCUCAGCAACAGAGUCCAUUUUGCAGAUAGUUCCUGAGACGAUGACUGCUUCAUCGUCAAGCAUCCUUUGCAAUGCCGGAGAAUCAGACCUUUGCCGCGACGAUUCGGCUGCGUUUCUACUGAAACUAGUAGCCAUUGCUUCAAUUCUCUUAGCUGGAGCCGCAGGUGUAGCUAUACCACUCAUCGGCAGAAACCGCCGCUUCCUUCAAACCGACGGUAGCCUCUUUGUGGCUGCGAAAGCCUUUGCGGCCGGCGUGAUUCUCGCCACGGGGUUUGUUCACAUGUUAGCCGGCGGCACGGAAGCUUUGACCAACCCCUGCUUACCGGAGUUUCCUUGGUCGAAGUUUCCGUUCCCGGGGUUCUUUGCGAUGGUCGCUGCUUUGAUCACUCUGCUUGUUGAUUUCAUGGGGACUCAGUACUAUGAGAGGAAGCAAGAGAGGGAAGCUAUUGACUCUGAUGAACAUGGUUAUGAACAGUCGCCGAGUAUCGUUGUUCCUGUGGCUGCGGAAGGAGUGAGUGAUGAUAAAGUGUUUGGAGAAGAAGACAGUGGAGGGAUUCACAUUGUUGGCAUUCAUGCUCAUGCUGCGCACCAUAGACAUAAUCACGCUCAAGGACAUGGUUCAUGUGAGGGACACCGUAAAAUCGACAUUGGUCAUGGACAUGGACAUGGUCACGGACAUGGACACGCGCACGGGGGUUUGGAACUCGGGAAUGGAGCCAGGCAUGUCGUUGUUUCUCAGGUUCUUGAGCUUGGAAUCGUUUCACACUCGAUCAUCAUCGGUAUAUCACUUGGAGUAUCGCAAUCACCUUGCACGAUCCGUCCUCUGAUCGCAGCACUAUCGUUCCACCAGUUCUUUGAAGGAUUCGCGCUCGGUGGAUGCAUCUCUCAAGCGCAGUUCAAGAACAAAUCAGCGACCAUAAUGGCUUGCUUUUUCGCCCUCACGACACCGAUAGGGAUCGGUAUCGGAACUGCAGUGGCGUCGUCUUUCAACUCUCACAGCGUCGGAACGUUGGUGACGGAAGGUGUCUUGGAUUCGCUCUCUGCAGGGAUUCUUGUGUACAUGGCUUUAGUGGAUCUUAUAGCUGCUGAUUUCUUGAGUAAGAGGAUGAGUUGUAACUUUAGGCUUCAGAUUGUUUCUUACCUGAUGUUGUUUCUUGGAGCUGGACUCAUGUCUUCUCUUGCUAUUUGGGCUUAGAUUCGGAAGAUUCCAUUGGUUCUUUUAUAGCUAUAUAGCUUUACGAACAAUAUGUAUAGUUCUAGAAAUAAUUAAUUUGAGUUUCACAAUUUCUUGAUUCUUCGAACUCAAGACUGCUUGGUAACAACAGUGUUGAGAUGUUGAGGUUAAGCAAUGUAAUGUUUCCAAAGUCACUUUCUUUGAA